GACAAGUUGUCAAAUCAAAGAUCUUUUGGUUGUUAUAGCAACGCUUGUUUGUUUUUAUCGUAUUCAUUUUAGAUGUAAUUAUUGGAAUUGUAAGCACCGAAUAUUGUUAUAAUAAACAAAAUAUUAUUAGCACGCACGAGGCACUAGUACUAUAGCUAUUAAUAAUUACCAAAUGGUUUUAAAUUCAUUAUGGCCGAUGACGAUGAUGUUGUAGAUGAGGAGCCAGAAGCGGGAGGUGGUACUGGUGAUAGUGUGACUGCUAUCAGUCCAGUGGAGACAGUGAAACCAUUAGCUCCACCAAAAUAUGAAGUGCGACCAGGCCUUGGGGAAAAGUUUCAGUCGCAAAAUGUUCGUGAUAUCAUAUUGUCGACGAUGCAAGAACAACUUACAGGGCGUCAGUAUCGCGCCGACCAAGCUCCGCAGUGGGCUAAAGUAAUAGCCAACGCUGUAAGACAGAGAGUGCAAGAACUUGAUAUGAAGAGGUACAAAAUAUUAGUACAAACGACCAUAAUAGAAAUGAAAGGGGCGGGAAUUAAAUGCGGACAAAGAUGCAUUUGGGAUCCGGAGACUGACGACUACAUUGAUGAUCUGUUCAAGAAUGACAGUCUAUUUUGUUACACGAUUGUAUAUGGGGUUUAUAUGUAUUAAUAUUACAGACUAAAGUUAUGGAGUAUUGUUCAAGUCAUCCUAUUGUUAAGUACGAGUUUCCCCGACAUAGGAGAGAGAGAUAUAACCAAAGUUGGUCAGGAAGUUUGGUAUAGAGUUUUAAUUCGAGUUUUCAUCUCUUCUCUAGCAUUGAUGUUUUAUUUGUACCCUAGUCGCAUCUUACAAUAGAGUUUCUUAGAAUACAUGUAAUUAUUACUUCGUUACUUAAAUAAUAAUAAAAUCCAUGUUUAUACUUAAAUAAAUAAAUUCUUACUCGAUAAAAACAAGUAAUUGAAUAUAUUUUCUAUUUACUCGAUCACUACACGGAAAAAUAAAAGGAUUUUAUUUAUUGUUAUAUAAAUUAAAUACGGUGUGUGAAGCAACAGAGAUGGUAAUUCAUUAGUAUGAGAAACUGUGGAUAUGCUAUUUUAUCGUACCAAUUUUAUUAAUAAAGAUGAAUCAAAAGAUUUUAGACUUUGUUUGGACUUUGAUGUGUUUUACCAGACGACGGCUUUGCGCGACUUUCGAAGCACGAAGCAAAUGAUCAUAACUUUUAAAUUAUCCAAACCUAAAUGGAAAAUUCAGAGGUUUGGUCUGGGAUUCGACUUUGAAAUCCUCGGAUUGCAAUCAAACUUGUCCAACUGACCUAGUUAUAUCCUAUUUAAACAUUUCUGAAGUUACACGGGUGGAUUACUGAUCAACUUUUAUGUAUUAAGAUGGUUUUUCCCAUUAGAUUGGUAUGUGUUUAUUAUCUAUCUAUAUUUAUACUAAAUUUGUAGAGAGGUCAAUUCUGUACGUGAAAUAUAUUUCCAAAAUAACUAUCAGGGGGUGAUUAGUGAUCGAUACUGAUGCCAAAAAUGCAAUCAGUAAAAUUUUUGCCUGUCUGUCUGUAUGUUCGUUAUAAAAACAAAAACUACUCGACGGAUUUUAACAAAAUUUGGUACAAUUAUUCUUCAUACUCCUGGGCAGGUUAUAGUAUACUUUUCAUCACGCUACGAUCAAUAGGAGCAGAGCAGUAAAGGGAAAUGUGUCUGUCACAUCAAAACCACUGAACCGUGAGGAAGGACAUAGGCUUAUUUUAAGAAAAACGUCAGAAACGUGGACGAAGUCGCGGGCAACAGCUACUAUAUAUAAAAAAUCAUGAAUAAAUUAAUUAUUAUUAUUAUUAUAUCAACCGUUAACUGUCCACUGCUGAACAUAGGCCUUCUCCAUAAGGCGGAUUUUGCCGAUAGCUGUCUCUGUUAGUAGGCGGGUUAACAAUCGCAGUUAGGCUUUGGUGAUGUUUUAAAAGAAACAGUGCUCCAUCCCUCGACCAUUAAAUUAAUUAAAAAAUAAUUAAGGCACGGAUAAUGUAAUUAAGGACUACCUACCUAUAUGACACUAUAGAGUUAAAUACAUAUUUCAUAUAUUUUCAAAUUGAUUUGUAAAAUGAUGUAAAUGCAAUGUGUAAUGCCACCAGUUUUACGGGGUAUGCCUUCUCAGUGGCAUUGUCUUUCUUUUUUUUUAUACAACUUAGAAUGGCAAACAAGCUGAUGGCCCACCUGAUGGAAAGUGGUAAUCAUUGCCUAUAGACAUGAGCAGUACCAUGGACAUAACAGAGAAUACAGUUUCGCCCAUGAUACCCCCCAUGCGUUGCCAUUCCUGAGAACUCGGGUGUUAUUCCUCUGUAUCCAGUAAAUUCACGCUAUAUCCCACCCUUCAAACCGAAACACAGCCAUGCAAACACAACUCCUUCACGGUUGAAACACGAAUUCUAAAGCAAUGUAAUGAACGGUGCCUAUUGGAUAUUUAAAUAGUAUUUAUUUAUUACUGAAUAAUUACCUAUAUGUCAUUAGGGAGUUUCAGUACCUUUUUGAGUAAAAGAAAUGUAUUUUUUCUAAGACUGAAUGUAGUUAAUAAAGGUUUUGUUUUACUGAA